AGAGUCCUCCAGCAUCUACAUCAGCAAGUACCUGAUGGACGAGGGCGCCCAUCUCCACAUCUAUGACCCCAAAGUGCCCCGCGAGCAGAUCGUAGUGGAUCUCUCCCAUCCCGGCGUCUCCCAGGACGACCAAGUGGCCCAACUUGUGACCAUUUCCAAGGAUCCAUAUGAAGCGUGUGAUGGCGCCCAUGCUGUUGUCAUUUGCACUGAGUGGGACAUGUUUAAGGAACUGGAUUAUGAACGAAUUCAUAAGAGAAUGCUGAAGCCAGCCUUCAUCUUUGAUGGGCGGCGUGUGCUGGAUGGGCUCCACAGCGAGCUGCAGACCAUUGGCUUCCAG